UUUUGUGUGUCGGCAGGUGCGUUACCCAGAACGCAUCACAAUCCUGAGGGGCAAUCACGAAAGCAGACAAAUUACGCAAGUGUACGGCUUCUACGACGAGUGCCUGCGGAAGUACGGCAACGCCAACGUCUGGAAGUAUUUCACAGACCUGUUUGAUUAUCUCCCGCUUACGGCUCUAGUAGAUGGCCAGAUAUUCUGUCUCCACGGUGGCCUCUCUCCAUCCAUAGAUACACUGGAUCAUAUCAAGGCCCUGGACCGCCUGCAGGAAGUUCCACACGAGGGUCCCAUGUGUGACCUGUUGUGGUCGGAUCCGGACGACCGUGGCGGCUGGGGUAUAUCUCCCCGUGGUGCUGGCUACACGUUUGGGCAAGACAUUUCCGAAACAUUUAACCACGCCAACGGGCUCACGCUGGUGUCCCGUGCUCACCAACUCGUCAUGGAGGGUUACAACUGGUGCCACGACCGAAACGUCGUGACCAUUUUCAGCGCGCCCAAUUACUGCUACCGCUGCGGGAACCAGGCUGCUAUCAUGGAGCUAGACGACACUUUAAAAUAUUCCUUCCUUCAGUUUGACCCAGCACCUCGUCGUGGAGAGCCUCACGUUACCCGCCGUACCCCAGACUACUUCCUAUAAACCUCUCCUGCCCUUUGUAGAAGGAAGUACGCCCGGCGUUUUCAAGAGCAACAACAUUUACACGUUUCUGUAAGAAAUCGGGGUUCGUCUCAACUUGCAAAAUCCCCAUCAUGGACCAAAACGUGCCAUACAGAGGACGAAGAGCGUUGAGCACAACUUGAGACUGAAUUCCUUACGACACUAAAUCUAUCCCGUACCGAUCGGCCCCGACAGUCCGUUUGCCUGCUGUAUUUGUAGUCAUUGGGUUGUGUUGGUUUUUCUUUUUCUUCUGGACUGCUCAGAGAGGAAAAAGUAACUCUGGUUUAACACUUCCAUCUCCUUUGGCGCUUCUUUGUACAUUCUUAUUUUUAGUUCUAGUGUUUAACUGGCAUGAAGUAGAGUCCUGGAGGUCAUUCUCAAGGGAAAUGCACACUAACUUCUUCCCCCACCCCCUCUAUUUUAUUUUAUUGCGAGACACCACCGACUUAACUGGAGAAAGGAAG